AUGCCGGCGCUGAGCAGUGAUCACAAGGCUUUUAAUCCAGAUACACAUGUAUCUUCAAAGCCGACCAGGACGGGACUCCCAAGCUUGCCCUUGGCCCUGGGCUCCUUUGCUGCACUGAGCGCUGGCAUCCUCGGCCCAGUUUCGGGGCUGGACCUGGCGGGCGCCGGCUCGGUGCUGGAGGCGGUGCUGGUACUGGGUGCGACGGUGGGCUUCCACGAGCUGGGCCACUUCAUCGCCGCACGAUCUCAGGGCAUCCACGUCUCCAAGUUCUCCAUCGGCUUCGGCCCAGCCCUGGUCCGCGUCCAACGGGGCGAGGUGGAGUAUGCCCUCAGGGCACUGCCGCUGGGAGGCUAUGUGGGGUUCCCGGACGACGACCCAAACUCCACCAUCCCCAAGGACGACCCAGACCUGCUGCGGAACCGACCAGUUGCCGACAGGGUGCGCGUAGUCAUUGCUGGAGUGGUGUUCAACGUCCUGCUGGCGGCCUCCAUCUGCACGGCCCAGGCAUUGACGGUGGGCACGGUGGAGCCCAUCUACUCGCCGGGCGUGCUGGUGGGGGAGGUGCAGCGCGGCGCCAUUGGCGAGCGGGCCGGCUUGCAGCGUGGGGACCUGCUGACCAGGGUGGGGCCGCUGACGGUGCCCUCCUCCGAGUCCAGCCUGAGCGAGGUGGUGGACCUGAUCAGUGAGAACCCCGGGCGCCAGCUGGCGCUGGACGUCGUGCGAGGGGGCGAGCCGCUGUCCCUGGCGGUGGCCCCCGCCGAGCAGCCUGAUGGCCGGGGUCGCAUCGGCGUGGCCCUGGCGCCCAACGUCGUGCUGCGGCGCACCAAGGCCUCAGACCCGGUGACGGCGCUGCGCUUGGGCGCCAGCCAGACUGCGCGCCUGGCCGGGGUCAUCUGGAAGGGCCUGUCCCAGCUGGCUACCAACUUCCAGCGCACCUCCAAGGCCGUGUCUGGGCCGCUGGGCAUUCUGAGGGUGGGCGCCGACGUGGCGCGCAACGACUCCGCCGGCCUGUUCCAGUUCGCGGCGCUGAUCAACCUGAACCUGGCCAUCGUCAACUCGCUGCCGCUGCCCGCGCUCGACGGCGGCUACCUGGUGUUCCUCAUCCUGGAGGCGGUGCGCGGCCGGAAGCUGGACGAGACGGUGGAGAAGACGGUGAUGGCGUCUGGCCUGCUGCUCCUCACCUCCCUGGGCAUGUUUUUGAUCCUGCGCGAUGCCGUCAGCCUGGGCGGCCAGCUCACCCGCCUGCUUUGA